AUGUCAGGACGCAAGGAUUUCCUGAGCCAGCCGGCUCCUGAAAACUACGUUGCUGGAUUGGGCCGUGGUGCUACUGGUUUCACAACCCGGUCUGAUCUCGGACCAGCUCGAGAAGGGCCUACGCCAGAACAAAUACAGGAAGCCCUCGCAAAACGAGCAGCGUUGCUGGGGACGGCUCCUCCGACAGCAUACGGCGCGUCUAACCGAGGGGAGAAAGGCGGGAAGGCAGAGAAAGAAGAGGAAGAUGACGACCGGUAUCAGGACCCCGAGAACGAGACCGGCCUCUUUGCCUAUGGACAAUAUGACCGAGACGACGACGAGGCGGACCAGGUAUACCAGGCCGUGGACGAGAAGAUGGACAAAAGGCGCAAAGCGAGAAGGGAAGCCCGAGAACGCCAGGAAAUGGAAGAAUAUGAGAGAAAAAAUCCGAAAAUUCAACAGCAAUUCGCAGACCUCAAGCGGUCAUUAGCGUCAGUCUCCGACGAGGACUGGGCUAACAUACCCGAAGUUGGAGACCUUACAGGCAAGAAUCGAAGAGCCAGACAAAACAUGCGCCAGAGAUUCUAUGCUGUGCCGGACAGUGUUAUAGCGAAUGCGAGGGACUCAACAGAGUUUACCACUACUAUCAACGAUGACGGAACCGAGUCGUACGUCCCUCGAGGUGAAAAUGCGGAUGGCACCAUCACCAAUUUCGCAGAUAUAGGAGCAGCCAGAGAUAAAGUGCUUCAGGUGCGGUUAGACCAGGCAGCCGAAGGGUCGAGUGGAGAUGUUGCCUCUGGCAGUGCAACAUCGAUUGAUCCAAAGGGUUACCUGACGAGUUUGACGAAAUCCGAGAUGAAGGCUGGCGAGGUAGAGAUCGGAGAUAUCAAGCGUGUGCGCACGCUUCUAGAAUCAGUCACAAAAACCAACCCAAAACACCCUCCCGGAUGGAUCGCCAUUGCUCGCCUAGAGGAGAUCGCAGGUCGCAUUGGAGCCGCUAGAAAUUACAUUGCCAGAGGCUGUGAACUUUGUCCGAAAAGCGAAGAUGUUUGGCUAGAGAAUAUCCGCCUCAAUGAUAAUCAUAAUGCCAAAAUCAUCGCUGCCAACGCAAUCAAAAACAAUGAUCGAUCAACAAGGCUUUGGAUCGAGGCUAUGAAACUGGAGUCUGACCCGCGAGCAAAGAAAAAUGUCUUGAGACAGGCUAUUCUUCACGUACCCCAGUCUGUCAUCAUCUGGAAAGAGGCUGUGAAUCUAGAAGAAAACCCCGACGAUGCACGCCUCCUCCUUGCCAAAGCAACCGAAAUCAUCCCUCUCUCCGUUGAGCUAUGGCUGGCUUUGGCACGGUUGGAGACACCUGAGAAUGCCCAAAAGGUCCUCAACGCAGCUCGAAAAGCUGUGCCUACCAGCCGCGAUAUUUGGAUCGCCGCAGCCAGACUACAAGAGCAAAUGGGAACUGCAAACAAAGUAAACGUGAUGAAAAGGGCAGUCCAAUCCCUUGCGAGAGACUCGGCCAUGCCAAAACGGGAAGAAUGGAUUAUCGAGGCUGAAAAAUGCGAAGAGGAAGAUGCUAUUCUUACCUGUAAUGCCAUUAUCCGUGAAACGUUGGGAUGGGGCCUCGAUGAAGACGAUGAUAGAAAGGAUAUCUGGAUGGAAGAUGCAAAGGGCAGUAUUGCAAGGGGGAAAUAUGAAACAGCAAGAGCCAUCUAUGCCUAUGCACUCCGCGUUUUUGUCAAUAAGAAGUCCGUAUGGCUAGCUGCUGCCGAUCUAGAGCGGAACCAUGGCACCAAAGAAAGUCUCUGGCAGCUGCUUGAGAAGGGUGUUGAAGCCUGUCCUCAAUGCGAAGAUUUGUGGAUGCAGUUAGCCAAAGAGAAAUGGCAAGCUGGCGAGAUUGACAACACACGGCGAGUCCUUGGGCGGGCAUUUAACCAGAAUCCCAACAAUGAAGACAUCUGGCUUGCGGCAGUGAAGCUCGAGGCUGACACUAAUCAGAUCGAGCAGGCCAGAGAACUCCUGUCAACAGCUCGACGAGAAGCUGGCACGGACAGGGUUUGGAUCAAGAGUGUAGCAUAUGAGCGCCAGCUCGGCAAUAAGGACCAUGCCUUAAACCUAGUCAACCAGGGCUUACAGCUUUAUCCUAAAGCUGACAAACUCUGGAUGCUCAAGGGCCAAAUAUAUGAGAGUGAUGGUCAACUCCAGCAGGCUCGUGAAGCCUACGGUACAGGGACCCGUGCCUGUCCCAAAUCAGUGCCCCUUUGGCUCCUUGCUUCAAGGCUUGAGGAGAAAGCUGGCGUCGUUGUGAAAGCUCGGUCGGUACUUGAUCGUGCUCGACUUGCUGUUCCAAAGAAUGCGGAACUUUGGACAGAGAGCAAGUCCCCGAAUUCAGGUCUUUUAUGGAGCGAAAGCAUAUGGCAUCUUGAACCUCGCACGCACCGGAAACCCCGAAGCUUGGAGGCUAUCAAGAAGGUGGACAACGAUCCGAUUCUAUUUGUCACCGUCGCUCGUAUAUUUUGGGGCGAAAGACGGCUCGAGAAAGCCAUGACCUGGUUUGAAAAGGCCAUUGUUGCGAAUAGCGAUCUAGGAGAUGUUUGGGCAUGGUACUAUAAAUUCCUACUCCAGCAUGGCACAGAUGAGAAACGAGAAGAUGUCUUAACAAAGUGCAUUGCUACUGAACCAAAACACGGAGAAAUUUGGCAGACCGUUAGCAAAGACCCUGCCAAUGCCCAUAAAACUACUGAAGAGAUCCUGAAAAUCACGCUGAACCGCCUGGACUAA